GGGCAGCAGCCUGAGUGAGUUGUGGCUCGCAGCGGCUCAGCUAGAGCCGGCCCAAGGAGGGCGGACUCCCCUCCGUGGACGGUGGGCUACAGGACUCGGCCACGUCCCCCGAGGACCUCGAUGUUCGCCCGCCGUACCCUUCGCGGCGCGAUGUUGCUGCACGGGAUUUCCGUUUUCUGUUACCAGAUGGACCACAACUGAAGGGAUUUCAGAAGCACUGCUGUGAUUGGGAUGUUGCGACAGAACAUUGGAAGCAACAAGCAUGGUUUAUCAAUUGCUGGAUUCUCACUGUGUAAUCUUUUCACUCUUCUUAAUUUUGGAAACUGGAGAAUGGGGCACUGCACCAAGAGCAACUCUUUGAGCAGCAUAAAUUCCAAUCCAAGUUGCUGUAACAGCCCCAUUAUUGAUCCGGAGUACAUGAAGCAGUUGGUCAAUGAUGUCAGAAGUUUUGCAGAGUUGUUGCUCUCUUUGAAAAAAGCUAUCCUCUCUGAAGAAAGUCAAGAUUGUCUGCAUAACGUGGUUCAUGAACGUCUUGGAGAGCUGCUGAGAAUUCUUCAGGCCAUAAUAAACAAACACCAAAUUCUCAACUCAGCUGAUAUUCUUAGAGCUACAGGAGUAGUUAUUGCAAAAGUGAAAGCUGUGGAUUUCAACAACAUUAAUGAAGAAAAUAAGAGACAUCUUUUCAGUGAAAUAUUUUCUUCUAUUGAAACAUUGGCAUUCACCUUUGGUAACGUUGUUUCAGAUUUCCUUAUGGGAGAUGUAGGCAGUGACUCGUCUUUGGAACUUCCUGUGUCCCUGAAAAAUCAGUCCUCUGAAAACAUUUCUGUGGAAUCAGUGGGAUUGCUGAAUGAAAAUGAUAAUCUUCAAGGACCUCUGUGGCCCAGAGAAUUGGAUAGCAUAUUUCUGAGAAAUGAUGUUGGAGUUGAAUUGGCUUUGUCAUAUGCUAAAAUGUGGUCAAAAUAUGCCAAAGAUAUAAUUACAUGGGUAGAGAAAAAAAUUAGCCUGGAAUUGGAGUGUGCUAGAAACAUUGCAAAGAUGGCAGAGACAACUAAAGCCAUUAUUGGCCUUCAGGAGUUUAUGCCAUUCCAGGCUUUAUUCUUAAAUGCUUUUGAUAAUGAUAUUGAGAGCAGUCAGCUUUCACAACAAACAGCAGCAGCUCUUCAAGCCAACAAAUUUGUUCAGCCUCUCCUUGGGAGAAAAAGUGAAUUGGAUAAACAGAGGAAAGCAAUUAAAGAGAUUUGGCAACGAGAACAGAAGAAAAUGCAAGAGACAGAGGCAUCUCUCAAAAAGGCAAAACUCUACUGUAUACAACAACAGAAUGAAUAUGAAAAAGCCAAAUCUUCCACAAUGCAUGCUGAAGAGGAGCAUCUGAGUUCAAGUGGAGGGCUUGGGAGAGAGGCCAGCAAGCAGUUAGAGAAAAAGCGAAGGCUGGAAGAAGAGGCUCUGCAAAAAGUUGAAGAAGCAAAUGAACACUAUAGAGUUGUUAUGACAAAUAUGGAAGAAAGGCAAAAUGAUUUAGACCAUACUAGAAGUGAAAUUUUAAUACAACUUCAUAAUCUUGUCCUGCAGUGUGAUCUGACUCUUAAAGCUGUCAUAAUAAACCUCUUUCAGAUACAACAUGAGCAGCUUCUGUCGCUUCCAAUUAACUACCAGUCUCUCUGUGACACUGCCAAGGCAUAUGACCCUGGGAGAAACUUUGCGGAUUUUAUAAAGGCAAAAACUUCCCCUAAAGAGGAUGUUCACCGUAAAUCUAUUUUUUGUGACAAUUUAAAAAUUGAUGGAGGGCCACCCUUUUGCAGAUCAUGGUCAGUUGUUAACCAGUGUGGUGGAAUGUGCAGCGAUACAGAGAGUGCUGGAGGAAGCAGUGAAACAGCAUCCAUGGAUUCUCCUUCUGCCAGUCCAGGGGCAUCUAAACGAAGGUUUCCUAGGACACCAUCAAUGGGGACCAUGUCUUCUGCUGAGGAGCUAAAUGAAAGAGAACCACCUUCUCCUUCUGAGAUUGCCUUAAGUGAACAUCUAGCUGAAAUUAUUUCCCCUGGACCAUUUAGAAAUGUCAUUAAAUCAAAAGCUGCUGUAAGCCAUAAUUUUCGGAAACUAAGGACUCCCUCUAAAUGCAAAGAAUGCGACACCUUAGUUAUAUUCCAAGGGGCAGAGUGUAUAGAGUGCUCCCUUGCUUGUCACAAAAUGUGUUUGGAAACCUUAACCAUUCAAUGUGGACACCAGAGACUUCAUGGCAAAUUACAUCUAUUUGGUGGAGAAUUUGCUCUGGCAGCUAAAAAUGCCCCUGAUGGCAUCCCCUUCAUCAUUAAAAAAUGUACUUCAGAAAUUGAAAAACGAGCCUUGAAUGUGAAGGGCAUCUACCGGAUAAGUGGUGGUAAAUCAAGAGUGGAGAAACUCUGCCAGUCCUUUGAAAAUGGAAAAGAUUUAGUAGAAUUAUCAGAACUCUGUGUUCAUGAUAUCAGCAACGUUCUUAAUUUAUAUCUUCGUAAGUUACCAGAACCCUUAUUUUUGUUUCACCUUUAUGAUGAGUUUAUUGGCCUUGCCAAAGAGAGCCAGAACGUAAAUGAAGAUUCAAAACAGACAAGCCCUGAAGUUGUGGGUGCUGAACUAAAUAAAAUCCUAAAGAAAAUAAAAUCUCUUCUUAAAAAACUUCCAGGACCAAACUAUAAUACUAUUAAGUACCUCAUAGGCCAUCUUAACAGGGUGGUUCAGAAGGCUGAAGAAAACAAGAUGCCAGCCAGUAAUCUGGGGAUAAUAUUUGGACCCACGCUGAUCAGGCCUCGGCAGACGAAUGCUAAGGUUUCCCUUUCCUCUCUAGUGGACUGCAUUCAUCAGGCUCGAUUUGUGGAGCUGCUUAUAGCUUAUUAUGAGAAGAUUUUUGAUGUGUCCCUGCAACCACUCUCAGCUUCUCCUACCAAUGAAAUCCCCACCAUGGAGCCCCAGAAGCCUGGGUCAUGCCUUGCUUCAAAGGAAGGCAUCCCACUUUCUCAUAAUGGGAGUAUGAUUUCAGAAACAGCUACAUCCUCUGAAGGAUUACAUGACCAUAAAAAUGCACUAGAAGGAGCUGAUUCAUCUGCCAUUGAAAAUGCAAUGUCUUCAGUUUUUUAUGAGACUGAAACCUACCCCUUCAAGAAUGAAGAUCAAUUUAAAGCUGACAGUCGUUCAGAUGUAAAAUGUCAUCAAAUAACCUUGAGAUCACCAAGGAUGAAGACCUCACUUAGACCUAUGAGUCUGCCUAUAGAUCAGUUCCUUCCUGUAAACUUUUUAAAUGAGAACAAUUGCAAAAAUAUGGGCACUUUGAAUUCAGACAAAUUUGACAGGAAUUCAACCACUGAAGAAAUGUCUGAAAUCAAAUCUUUUCCUAACUCAUCCUCUCCAUUUUGCUGUUAUGACCCCAAAACUUGGGACAAACAAGUUAGACAAUAUGAUACAAAUGCAAACACUGCCCUCAUGACAGCAUGUCCAUUCAAGGAAAACAGAGAAGCAGAGAGUGGUGCUAGACGUGUUUUAUCUCUCGCCUCUGAUAACGCUUCCUCCAGUGCCAUGCAGCUCAGCCAGCCAGACAUGGUACCAGUGAAAGCGGUAAGAGUAAUAACAGAAGGAUGCUCUUUGGAUUCUAAUCCUCUUGCUGCUUUUAGGGCACGGAGAACUUUGCAGCCCCCACCAGGGACAUUUUACAUGCCACAUCCCAACAAUAAGGUAAAGGGAAAUGAGGAAAGUUUUCCAGAAACUUGUACAGCAGCACCUGUUAGUGUCAAUCAAGAAAAAACUGUGAAUUUUGUUGUGAACUUGGAUUCACCUGGACAGCGAGUAAAUCAAUCCAAAGCUAAAUCUGAGGAACUUCAUCCAUCUGAUGUGAAACCAGUGUGCCAGAGACUAAGACCAAAACGGAUUCAGGACUUAGAGAAAAGAGAAGCACACUUUGUAUAGGACAGCCAAAUCUUGUGUUUUAUUUUUAUUUUUGGUUAAGAGAGAGGAUAAUGGGAAUGUUGUAGGAGGAGUCUGUCCAUAGUCGGGUAAUAAGGAAAGAUUGAGUAUUUUCACUGGGACCAGUUUUGUGCCAUAUUUGAAUAAUUUUUAUAGGCAUCAUUUUUUAUGUUAGGCUACAAGGGUAUUAUGAACUAAAAUGGAAUUGACUUAUUUUUUAGUUUAUUAAUUUUGUUUUUAAGAGCAAAAAGAAGCACAGUUUGUAUAGGUCUGCCAAAUCUUGUGUUUUAGUUUUAUUUUUGGUUGAGAGGAUAAUAGGAAUGUUGUAAGAGUCUAUCCAUAGUCAGGUAAUAAAGAAACUUCAUUGGGACCACUUUGUGUCAUAUUUGAAUAAUUUUAAAGGCAUCAUUUUAAAAGUUAGGCUGGAAGGGUAUUAUGAACUAAAAUGAAGUGUUUUUUUUUAAUAUGAGAGUUUAUUUAAAUGUAUCUUCAAUAAAAUGCAGUUAUUGAGCUAAUAGGUGCAAUUGCAAAAGCUUCAGUUUCUGAAGUGGAUCUUAAGUGCUUAUUCAUAUGGAAAAAAUAGUAUUUCCUUAUGCAAAGCUUAAAACUUCUUAGUAUAAAUUUUAUAGUUUUAAAACAAUUUGACAAUUUAAAUCCUUGUGCUUUUUUAUAUAAAAGCUUUGUUUUUUCAAUCUGUGCAAUUCCAUGUUUUUCUCCCUAAUAGAUUAUCUAAUUAAUGGCCAAAUUGGCUUAUCACUAUAUUGUAUUUUUAAGCUUAUGUUUCAUUUGCUGCCAGUGUUUGUGUUGUCACUUUAAUUGUACCAAGAAGAUGCACUUAGCAAGCUGAAGAGGUGGAAAGGGUCGUGGAAGGUAGAAAAUGACCAAGGUGAGGAAGCAUAGACCCACAUAACAUACUAGCUUUUCCCAGGCAUGGUUUCAGGAGGAUCUUUUGGCAGGUAGGCUGGUAGAGGGGUAAAAGGGCCACCAAGAUGAAGAUGUGUUGUCUCUAGCUAUUGAAGCUAAGUUCACUACUUUCUCCAUGGCAUAUUCUCCCUGGUCUCUUCAGAUGUUAGAGCACCAGCAUUGACCUAUUCGGAUCGGGAGUGGUACUAGAAUUCCCAGAUGUUAGGGGUUUUUUUAAGUCAGUGAAUCUCCUAUUUAUGUUUGCUGUGUUUUUCUUAAAUUUCUCCAAAUCUGAUUAUACAAUAUGGGUCAAAAUAAACAGAAUGUCCUCAUAUAGUAUAUGCAUCUGAUAUACACCUUAUAGAUGUUUUUAUGCAAUCAUGUUACAACUGCUAAACACA